GAUGUCAGAUACUACGGAACGGCUGCCUGCAGAUCAAGUUGCUGCUGCCAACUCUCGCGAGCUUUGUGUCAGAAACAGUUGAUUAUAAUGUCAGUACUGUCCAAUUUACGGGCUUAAAGCAGCAGCUGCAUACUGCAUUUUCCCUGAAGUAUUCAAAGAACCUGACUCUUAAAAACUUUGUAGUUCUUGUAAUAGAAUUGGGGCAUCAUGAUUUGGGUAAAUGGUACAAGUAUCCAUACCAGAUUUCUUAUGUGGCUUCUUCUCCUGUAUAUGUUCAUCAGGAAAGUAGUGCCUGAAGAUAACAUCAUUACAACCAAGAAUGGCAGAGUAAGAGGGACAAACCUGCAGGUGCUUGGGGGGACUGUGACAGCCUUCCUUGGAAUACCUUACGGAAAGCCACCCAUUGGUAGACUGAGAUUUCAAAAACCAGAGCCUCAUGAGAAGUGGUCAGAUGUUUGGGAUGCCACAAAACACGCGAACUCCUGUUAUCAGCUUAUAGAUACAACUUACCCUGGAUUUCCUGGAUCAGAGAUGUGGAAUCCAAAAACUAACCUAAGUGAAGACUGCUUAUACCUUAAUGUAUGGAUUCCUUCUCCCAGACCCAAGAAUGCAACUGUCAUGGUUUGGAUAUAUGGGGGUGGCUUUGAGUCUGGGUCAACUUCCCUACCUGUCUAUGACGGCAAGUUUCUAGCCAGGGUAGAAAGAGUUAUUGUAGUUUCCAUGAACUACAGGACUGGUGCAUUAGGAUUUUUGGCUUUGCCGGGAAACCAGGAAGUUCCUGGAAAUGCAGGUUUAUUUGAUCAAAGACUAGCACUUCAAUGGGUCCAGGAGAACAUAGCAGCCUUUGGAGGCAAUCCAAAAAGUGUGACUAUAUUCGGAGAGAGUGCUGGCUCGGCUUCUGUAAGUUACCAUAUCCUUUCUCCUAAAAGCCAUCCUUUAUUCACAAGAGCCAUCAUGCAAAGUGGAUCUGCAAAUGCCCCUUGGGCUGCAAUAACAGCAUCUGAGGCCAGGAACAGAACAGUGGCUUUGGCUAAACAACUCCAGUGUCCCACCAGCAAUGAGACAGAGCUAAUUCUCUGCCUCCAAGACAAGGACCCAAAGGAUAUAUUGGAGAAUGAAGUUUAUGUCACAAAAUAUGCCCCUCUUUUACAAAUAUAUUUUUGUCCAACUGUGGAUGGUGAUUUUCUAUUGGACAUGCCAGAAACAUUGAUUGAAAACGGCAUUUUCAAACAAACACAGAUCUUGGUUGGUGUUAAUAAAGAUGAAGGAUCGAGUUUUCUAGCAUAUGGAGUCCCUGGCUUCAGCAAGGACAGUGAUGGCUUGAUAAACAAAACAGAAUUUGAAGCAGCUUUAACUCUGUCCUUUCCAGAAGCAAGCCAACUUGCAAUAGAAUCAAUCAUUUUUCAAUACACAGAUUGGGAAAAUGAGCAAAAGCCAGAACAUUACCGUGAUGCCAUGGAUGAUGUUAUCGGGGACUACAAUAUCAUAUGUCCUGCAGUGGAGUUCACCAAAAAAUUUGCACAACUAGGACACAAUGUCUUCUUUUACUUUUUUGAACAUCGAUCCUCAAAGCUCCCUUGGCCUGAGUGGAUGGGGGUAAUGCAUGGUUAUGAGAUUGAGUUUGUGUUCGGAUUGCCUCUAGAAAGAAGAGUUAAUUACACCAAAGCUGAAGAAAUCUUAAGCCGGUCCGUGUUGAGGUAUUGGGCAAGUUUUGCGAAAACUGGAAAUCCAAAUGGGACCCUGGUUAAUGGAACAAGAUGGCCAGUCUUCACCAGUACUGAACAAAAAUAUUUAACAUUAAAUACUGAUGCUUCAGAGGUGCUGACAAAGUUACGUUCUCAGCAGUGUCGAUUCUGGAAUAUUUUUUUUCCCAAAGUUCUGGAAAUGACAGGAAAUAUCGAUGAAGCAGAACGAGAGUGGAAAGCAGGAUUCCAUCGCUGGAACAAUUACAUGUCAGACUGGAAAAAUCAAUUUAAUGAUUACACCAGCAAGAAGGAGAGAUGUGCAGGCUCUAAUUAAUAUGUUUACCCUUUCCAGUAUUUCUGUAUUACUGUUCAUCAAGGCAAGUAUACAGGUAGCUUUCUAACACAUCUAGCAUUAAAUAUGUUAUGCAGACUGAAAAAAACGUUAUGGAUAUAAUUUUGAUUCCCCAGAUCUUUCAUUUAUAUUUUACCUCAUAUCUCAAUAAACAAUAUAAGGCAUCCGUACCCUUUGAAGCUUCGGUGUGUUAAAUAGGACUAUAGAGAUUAAAGUCUGAAGAUUAAUGAUGUACAUAUAAACACUAGCUGCUUAAAUUCACACUUCAAAGAUACAAUGUAAUCUGUUAUAGAAAAAUGGAUUUUUUUUUUAGUAGAAAUAGCAGUGGUUUAUAGCAUUGCCAUGCAAAACACAAUCAUUUUUGAUCUUUAACUGCAAUGCCACAGCACUUAAACCUUGCUUCAGACAUAAUUUAAUUGACAUAAAUAUAAAGAAAUAACAAAUUUGCUGGACACACCAAAUGAUAUUUGCUUGUUAGACCAAAAAGUUUUAAGAUGCUCAUUAAAGCCUGAAUCAUUGCUUCUUUAUGGCAAAAUCUGUAGGACUAAGCCAUAGUAAGAGGGUAUUCAAACUAUCUGUUGAAGACUUGGAGACUUAAAUCAUCUGCAUUCUGUGCAAGUGCAAAGGUGAAAUAAGCCAGAAAAACUGAGACCUGUGCUUCUGCUAUCCUUUUUUUUUUCUUUUUUUUUUCUUUUUUUUUUCCUUUUUUUUUCUUUUUUUUUUUCUUCCACGGAGCUAAAAACUACAGAUUUACAAAGUAAUACAUUCACAGCUUUCCCUGCUCAGGCACCCAAUUGUCUUCACCCUGUACAAGUCUCUGCAAUGGAGGUAAGCUCUAAUUAUGAACAUUUUUGUUUACUGAGUUGUCUCGCAGUCAAGGGACAGGCCCAUAUUUACUGGAACGUGAAGGAUAAGUUUUUAUACAUCUAGAAGAACAUCAGUCUGUUCUUUCUCAAUCUAGCAAGCUCAUCAGAAGUCAGCCAUGAAAGCCCUGCUAAGGAAGGCUGGGAGGAACCUCACUGUAGAGGGACAUUGUGAUGUGGUGGGAAGGACGCGGCUCUUUGACAUGGUCAAAUCGGCUCCAGUUGUCACACACGUAGAUGUCUCCUCAAUGGCUUUCUACCCACUCAAGCUGACUCUAUCAGACUGUCCUAAAAAAAACCUUGGAUAACUUUUCCUCCUAUUUCUCUACUUCUGGAUGGAGUUGCAAGCUGUAUGCUUCAAUAAUACUUUAAAUAGCUGUUUUUUACUGGCCCAUCUGGGAAGAAUAAAUGUCAAAAAUUUGAUAAACAUAAGGAGUAUGUAAAAGCAACAACCCAUCUCAUAAAUAAAUUAUUCUGAAGCUUUCUGUAAAAGUAAUAGCCUUUCAGUGGAUCUAUUUUCUGUUCUAGUGAUUAUGAGCUCUUGCAAAAUUCCGUCUUGAAUUUAAUAUACUGAAGAGAUCUAGAUAAGAAACAGAGGGUGGUCUCUUUUGGCAGUUAGUUUGACCACAUGGGAUCCCUACACACACACACAUGAAGACAUAUUUUUGCAGAAAAGCUAAACUCUGAAACUGAUGAUGGCUUAUCAUCUUUUCAGUUGUUUCUAAGAGAACACAAUUAUUUCCUGACUUUUUAAUGGAAAAACAUCUUUACCACAAUAUUUCCAAAGACUAGAAUUCAUCCUACACAGUAAAAAAAAACUGGUCAUUUUUGAGCAGGCUAAUUAAAACUUGAAUGUAUCUAGGAUUAAAAAGCCCUCUUCAUACACCACUUCAUGUCUAUACCACAAGUAAUUAGCUCACUACAUACAUUAGCAUAGUUACUGCUAUUAAUAAUAGCAUGGAGAGCUGUGUCAUUCUGUGGUGUAUUGGCUAUUUACUGGAUAUUACAUACUGCUGAUAAGCUUUUGAAAAAGUGACAGAAGGGUAAACUUUCUGUCCAACAUUGAGCUCAUUCUGGAUCUCCCAAUUUUACUCACUUGGUGUACUUCAUAGGUAUGCUGGGUACUCAUCUGCCACAGUGAGCCUCAACACCUGCGAUAGCACAUAAGCAUAUUUAAAAGCAACAUUUUUCUUUUCUGAUAUCCUCUUUUUAGUUAUAUUUCACUAUCUAUCUGUCUAAUCAGCCUAAUCAGUGAGAAAAAAAAAUAAAAAAUCCGAGCUAAUUAAAAUGUACAAAUAACCUUUGGGAAGGGCAGAAUGCAAAGAAGUCUAUAAAAUAUUUUGCUGUGAAGGUGUCUUUAUAUGUGGUGUCAGCUAGGAUGUAUAAGGUCUAUUUGAAGACUAAUACUCUUUCCACAGUAUUUAUAACAUGUCUGUACCGUGUUCUUAAAUAGGAAUAAGGAUGGAGGGAGGAAGAAAGAAAAGCAGGGUAAAAUAAAACUUAAAACUAC